AUGACUAAAGGGUAUGGAAAAAAGAGCAUCAUGGUGACUCGAGAUAUUUUCAAUUAGCAGUGGAACACGUGUUGAAAUAUUAUUAUAUACACAAUUUUGACAUAUUUAGACUGACAGAGAAAGUGAGCAAAUUGAACAUGACAAAAUUAAACAAAAACCAAAAUUGCCAAAAGAUACAUACCUACCGCACAGGCGCAUCGAGUGCGUGUCUACCGUGGCUUGUCUUCGUGUGGCCUAUACAGUGCCGACGUUUAUAGAAAGCGAUGGCCAAGAAAAUGCCUGUUGUACUGGGUAUACGAUGGAAUUCGAAUAUUGUGCUAUCGUUGUACUAUUAUUGGCUAUAUUAUUAAAUCUGUGCUAAACAAGUGUUCGGACUAAGUAAUCCGAACACCGAAUUACCUAUCCAGAUCCACGUUAUCGCGGUACUGAGGAUUGUUACGAAAUUCGAUUUGUUUAAAAAAUAACAGAAGUCCCGUGGUCGUUCCGUUCGGCCGGUUUUCAAAAUUUGAACGUGCGUUGCAAAUUGUUAAUUUUUUUAAUCCGGAUUAAUCGAACAUUUGUUCAACGAGUGGCAGCGACGUGCGGUAAUAUUGAAAGCUUGGUAAGCGCCAUAAAAAAAAAAAAAAAAAAAAAAACCCAUUACUUAUAAAGGUAAAUUAUUAACUACUAAGGUAAAUAAUAAAAAAAAAGUUUUUUUUUAUAAUGUACAGUACCUAUUUAUAUAAAUGUUUAAUAAUUCACUGACGAGUCUAGCUUUCUUUUUUUUUUUUACAAAAUCAUCGGUAACUUCACAAAUCAAAACGGUUUUUAAAUUAAAACUUCAAUAUGAUUACCUAUCGACCGGAUAAGAUAACGUUAUGUGACGAAAGUGUGCGCCUUGUAUUCGUUUACGACGACGAUAUGUGAGAUUAUUAAACGGUGGACGUUCGGCAUCGGGAAAUACGUGUCUAAAAGCAUUGACAAGCGCCGGACGCGGCGCUUCCAAACGCUGCGUGAAAAUCGCGGUCACCCCGGCCUACCAGGCCCGGCCGUACCUAGACGGUAUACACGGGGGCUAUACGAGCCGGAUGAUCGAAAUCCCGGGCGCCUCUGUCAACACGUAUUGCGUACUUAUAUGACAUUAGCUUAUUAAUUUUCUCACCGAUCGUUAUACAAUUACGAACACGGAUAACGGGGUACGGAUAUUACCGGCGAGAGCGUAUAUCUGAAAUUUAGAAAAAAAAAAAAAACCUAAUUAUACUGACGCAUCGCCUAUCGACACAACGAAUUAAAUGCAUUUGUAUUUCUCCCUUUUCGAAAGGGCAUGCGGCGCCUACCUCGCUUGCCCUGGCCGCGCGGCCGCUGAUAAGUGGUCGUGAACCGUACGCGUUCUCGUUUUCCAAUGACGUUCGCGCCCUCGGGCCUGGCAUCUCUUUUUUUGCACAGCUGUCGGUCAAUUUUUUCUUUUUUUCUUUCGUUACGGAUCUAAUAUAUAUGGAAUAGUUAUGCGUGCAAACGGUUUUCGUCCUCUAUCAAUCGCGUUCGAAACCCGAACGACGAAAACGAAAUGAUCAGUAACAAUUAUAAAAUACAUUACGAGUAUUUUACGGGAUGCUGUUUGUGUGCCUCGUGCAUAUAUUUUACGCCGUCGAUUGUUCAGCAGUGAAACCGUCGCUGCAUACGGCCGAAUGUCCCCGUCACGUCAUUUUCCCCGGCUGCUCGUCGUUCUUUGUCAAAAACACGAUAUUCGAAAACGAUUCGGAAAUUUUAAUUAAAACUCGAAGAUGACGUCGAUUACUGACGCGCCAAACCGCCGCCGGGAAAUUUACCCGCACAACACUAUAUAUGUACACCAACGUUUUCAUAGCAUUGUCUUUGGUUUGACGAUAAAUUUAAAAUUCACGAUGCGCGAUAUUCGUACAAACGAAGUACCAUGUCUGUAGACUAGACGUAAACACGAGUGAUUGUGUACAUUGUACACUGUACUAUGUACAGGGUGUAACACAACGACCUGACACCUGCGAUAACUUUUGUACUGUUCGGUAUCUGUGUACAUAUUUUUUCUUCUCGUAAUAAUUUCAAGAACCUUGCCCUACGGUUACAUAAUUUAAUAUGUUUUACUAUACCGGAAAUACAACACCGGUUUCAUAAACAUAGUUUUAAACAGAAUUAUCGCGUUAAAAAUAUUAACAAACGAUGUUUCUACGAUUUUUCGAAGUUUACAAAAAACCAUUAUGGAAAUUUAUCUGCGUCGACAAAUUGGCGAAUCGAUUGACAUUCUUUAGUAGUGACGAUGAAAACCAUCGUAAACUUCACAGGACUGUAGAAAAUAAACGAUCCGUCAUUUAUCGUAAAUAUUUUUAUCACCGACGUUUUCUUUCCAAUUUUAUAAAUACAUUAAACGGCCAUCUGGAAUUUGGUAAAAACAAGUUUUUAAAAAUUAAAUUUUUUUAUUUUUUGAUUUAACUAUAGAAAAAUAGAGGGAAUCACAGCGCAAAGCUCCAGUAAUUACCGCGUCAAAAAAAAACGAAUAUCAUUUCGGCAUUUGUCAUACAUUUAUCAGUUAUACACACAGUGUACAGUAUCGUCGAGUUUAUGGGAUUCAUGAGAAUCCCAUUCGUCAUUUCGAAUUUCAAAGAUGCUGUAAUAUCGUUUGGACGUGUUCUUUGUGUCCCUAUGCAAACAUGACGUUUUACUACGAAGUGAACGGUUAGUAGUUUUCGACCGAGUAGAUUUGUUUCAAACGAACGAGAUAUUUCUCGUAACAUUAUGUAUACAAUUUUUUUUUUCCUUUUUAAAUCCUUGUACUUUUCUUAAUAACUGAAAAAAAAAAACGGUGAAAUGUACGUACCACAAGAGGUUUCGACAUAAUCGAUUUCCAUUUAGAUUCUGAAGGUACCGCCAGGUAUAUAUUGAUUUUACAGUGAUGUUUAUUUUUUUUUUUAUCUGUGAACAACUUUUCUACCGAAAAUAUUGCUCAGAUUUUCGAUUGUAGCACGGUUUAUGAAAGGAAAUUGGAAAUUUUUUUAGGAAUUUUCAUAAAAAUUUGGAAAACCGGAAAAAACGCAGGAAAAAAGGGAGAAUUUACGAAAUGUAUUAUUUAAAAACAAUUAAUAUUAUGGCCUUACAACACACGUAUAACCGAACUCCGCUCAGAAUCUUUUUUCAUUAGCAAUAGUUAAUCGUGACGUACAUAUACACAUUAAAUUUUCAAUCUACCUUCCAACUGCUCACCUACAACGUUGACCCACCCAUCGUACGAAGUAUGUUCGUUUGUUUUUUCUCUUUGCGAUUGACUAAAAAAUACUCGUAGGGAUCGCUGACGUUUUCACCGAAUAUUUGUAUAAUUUAAAAAGAAUAUUUCGUACGUUUUUGAGUUAUUUGAAAAUUAUAUCAACCUAUGAGAAUAUAAAUAUUUGAAAAUUCGACUCAAGAGAUGUUCGCCAUAUUUUUAUUAUGUUGAUUUCGGCUACUAGGGAAAAAAUACGACUAAUAAUACAUUGCUCAGAAUUGUUUUCCAUUAGCUGUGGUUUAUCGUUGCAUACAGAUAUAAAUUAAAUUAUUCUAUACAUUCUCUAUUUCAAAUUUCAUUCUAAAAUAUCGGCACAUUCAUCAGCAGUAUCAGUAUCAGCAUUCUAACAAAUAUUUGAAGAACGCAUUGUGUAAUUAAAAACCGACCUCUGGUUUUUAUCCGAGGCGAAUUCAUUUUGAGAGUAACAAUAAAACACACAAACUCCGUUAUUCAAAAGACACAAGAAUCUCACGUGCUUAAAAUUUAAUGUUUAGAUUUGCUUCAUUUUUUUUUUUUUUUCGGUAAAAAAGCCAGGUACACAAUACACAUUGACCGGUAGUUGUCCUGAAUGGAAUGGCUAGUAAAUCAUUUUGAAACGUUAAAAAUCUUUUCGAUAUUUAGAAAAAAAAAAAAUACUCUCCGAAUCCCCGCGUUAACUGUUACGACCACGACGACUAUUUUAAGUAAUAAUAAUAUAGACAUUUUUCGGUUUUGGCGCACGCAAGUCCGUCGCCUUGAUGAUGGUAUAUAGUCGAAAAGUGGCUUACGCGCAUUAUUACUCGUAUUUCUUCCUUCCUCUCCCCUCAUCACUCCUCGGCACCCCGUAUCAUUUUUCGUCCUUUCGCAUUUUUUUUUUCUUCUUCUCUUAUAAAAUCCCUUUUUGGCCCGCCUCUGCGGCGUCACCGACACAAUAUAAUGCGCGCCUCUUGACGUACUUUUUCAUCACCAUUAUACAGCGUAUAUCUAUAUAUAUAAAUACGAGUAUAUAACAGUGUAUAACUAGUACACGAUACUUUAAUAUUUUCUCGUUUUUAAAUAAAAAUCUACGUUCGGCACCGCGGCGAAAACGACAACGGUAUAAUAUAAACGCCCGCGUGCAGCUGCUGUUUUUCGGGACUCCGUAAUUCGGUCUAAAUUCGUUUUUCGGAUCCAUCCCGACGGCGUCACCCGCGUGAAUUAGUUUUCCGUUCGACCGACAGUAGUUGCGAAUACGGGUUACACUCACUUCUCCCCGGGCGCUAGGGACAAAAAAUACAAUGGCAGACGAAAUCGAGAUUUAGGUAAUACUUACAACUUUUCGCAACUGAUUCGGGUUGUCGACCGUGAGCUAUCCUCGUCGUCUUAGCCCUACUCACGAUUUGUGACUACCGGAGUUUACACUUAUCACUAAACUAGGCGCGUGUAUAAAAAUACACCAUAAAACUUUCACGAUUCCCGAUUUGCAGUAUACGAGUACACGGAGGAAAUAAAUCCGGUCUUUAAACCGGUUUCUAAAUUAACUACAGGUUACAUCGGAAAAUUUACACGAACGAAACCGAAUUUAUCAUUUCAAGGAUCAUUUCAUUAUCACGGAUAUUCGUAUUUAACCGACGCGCAUUACCGGAUUUAAUACGUGUGACCUAAACACUCCAAGACGAGACCUACGCGCAGUGACGGCGUUAGCUGAAUUGCGUCCCGUUUGUUGAAAAUUAAGCGAAUCGCGUCCUUAAUACUAUGAUGUAAUAAUCUCUCUGGAACACCCACUUACCAAUAUUGUACACGUAUAGAGGUUAUUCGGGCGGAUUAAACACGGAAAACGAAAAAAUAAAGACCGGAAGAGAAAAAAAUAAUAUGCAAUACAGAGUAGGUAUGUACGAGCGCCGCGAUACACAAAACGUGAAGUUUUACUGACGCGUUAAUGCGCUCUUGAAACGUAAUGUCGCCGACACAAUGGCCGUCAAAAACACUGUAGUCGGAGUUUGAAAAUUCCCACAGCCAAUUACAUCGCGUCUCGUCGUCGCGGUCGUAGUCCGGAUAACAUCUUUUUUUCGCUCAUAAAAAAAAUAAAAAAAAAUAAUAAUCAUAAUAAAAGAAAAACACAUUUCACGGACCUAAAAAAAAAUAUUAAUAAUUAAUGAAUUAAAAAUGACGACGGCUACUCUCGUCGCAAUACCGUUUUGCUGUGUAUAUAUAGGUAUACGCGAUUUUUUUUUAAAACUACCAUGUUUCGCAUACCGAUUCUGUAAGAAAUGAUCGAUGGUAUUUAAAUACCAGUACGUCCUUACAAUAUUAAAAUGUCGUCGAAAUAAACGGAUCGAUUCCUAUACGUUUUGUAUCGAAUACAACAAAAACACCUAUAGCAGCAGAAAUCCGUUGCUAGUUUUGUAUUUUCCACCGCUUAUUUCUUUACUAGUGAAAUAUUUUUUGCAACACAAUUAAAAAACCAAAAAUUAUUAUAAAACAACCAAAAAAAUUACUAAACAUUAUACAAAUUUCAAAAAAAAAAAAGGAUAUUCGGAACGGGGGUCGAAAUUUUAAAUUUAUUAACAAAACGAUUCUCGCGUUCGAGCUUAUUUGGUCUAUGGGGAGCCACUGAAAAUUUCUAAAAGUCGGCAUAAUAAUGUCAGAUAGUCACUAUUAACUGAGAAAAAUUUUACAAGAAUUAAAACAAUUCAAACGAAGUAGUACGGAAUUUUUCCCUAAAUCGUUGAAUUUUUUUCAACAUCAUAAUAUAACAAAGAAAUAAAUUCGUUAUGUUAUCUAAUGAAGCAAUUUGCGUAUUCGCGUGAUUAAUAAAAGUGUAUUGCAAAAUCACCUGAAUUAAGUGGCCGAAAAACGAACCUUAUUGAAAUUGUUCAACGAUACUUUCAAUACGAAAUUCGUCCGAUUUUUAUUUCUUACAUUUGUAUUGUACAAGCGAAAAUACACAUUUCGAAAGAAUUACACGGCCGUAUUAUAAUGACAAUUAAUAACUUAUAAAUUCCUUAUAUAUAAUUUACGAUUGGAAAUGUCGAGGUUCUUUGGGUAUAAAAAUAUGACACAGCGUCCCACGAAGAUUCGACAAAUACAAUAACUUUUGUUCCGUCUGAUACGUUGACAUUUUUUGUUUUAUAAUAAUUACUGAAACCUUGCGCUAUGUUUUUAUUUUAUAUUAUUUAUUUAUUUUUUUUUUUCAUAUCGUUUUAAAACUAAAAAAAAAAACAAUUGUAUUUUUUUCACAAAAUCGACAACCCCCAUUUCACGAAUACGUACGUAAUUUCGAAUAAAAAACGUCCAUGUCAAAAAUAUUUACCGAGGACGUGAAUCCAAUGAAACGUUUACGCGACUUUUCGACGUUCUCGAAAUUCAUUAAUAAAAUAUUAUUUUCGAUUCGCCGACAAAAAUCGGCGAAUAAGAUCAAAACGGUUUGAUUUUCGAACAGAACGAAAGUUAUGGCGUUUGUCGAGUUUUACUCCGAGCAUUACGAAAACGAUAAAAACAAAAAGGAAAAAAACAACGAUUACACCGUAUUACUUUCAUUAUUAUUACGUUCGUGAUAGAUUAUGUACAAUAUAAUACAAUUAAUAUUCGCGAUGGAGGAUUCGUUUUCGUACAAUCAAUCGAUACAGAAAGAAAACAAACUUGUAAAUCUCUUGCAUGUCUCCAGCGGGCAUUUAAUACGAGAAAACUCGGACGGUUCCCGAGAAAACUGUACAGAAAGGCACUCACACUCGCACAAAGGAUAUAAAUUAAAGGAGAGAGUAAUUCAUUGACUAUGGGUUUUCCAGUAUUGUGCAUAAUUUUUUUUUAUUUUUUUAUCUAUCGCAGUUGUUGGAAACUGCGAUAUUACGGCUUUUUAUAAAGUGAAAAUUAUAUUGCAUUUUCUCUGAUAUAAUAAUCAUAAUUUUAAAAAAAAAACGGUAUCGCCGAUUUAAAACGAUAUAAAUAGAGAGUUGCAAUUUCCAGAAACAUCAGUUUUAUCUCCGGUUAGUAUUCUGCCUUUCACUCGUACGAAAUAUCCGAACGCGUAAAACACAUUUUUCAGUUUCUCAUUCAAUAAUAUAUUCCAGAAAAAUAUUAUAACACAAAACAAACGAAGAAAUGGCGAAAACUAACGGUAAAACGAUUUCCGGUUUGUUUUAUUUCUAUUUGUAUUAUUUGUUUGACGAAUUAUAACGACAUGUCUUUAUUCAACAGCAAGAGCAUUUCCAAAACAAUUUCUACUCGGCACGGCCACGUCGGCUUUCCAAGUGGAAGGAACAUGGGACGAAGGUGCGUAAUAUACGAUUAUGCAUUAACAAUUAAUAUCGAAACGGCGUUUUUUUUUUAAUGGAAAUCAGAUACAUUCGAAACGAAAAUCGGCGCAAUAUUUUGAUUGAAAAAAAAAAAAAAUUUUUAAUUCCGAGUGUAGCGAAGAAGCUAUAUUUAAUACAGUUUUAUUAACACGUAUGUUUUAUUUUUCUCAGAAAACGAUUCAUCCGGUAAAAACGUUUCGGUUAUUUUUUACGUCGGACAUUAAAUGACGCGAAAUGUUUUCUAAAUUUCCUACUUGAUCUGUAAAAAUUUAAAAAAACCCCGACACCUAAUGACGUAACAUAAGGAUUUUACAUCUGUUUAUUUCCGGGUUAUAUAUAUAUAUAUAUGAGAGAAAAAAACGCGACUAAUUUUGUUUUAUCUUGCCACAAGAUUACCGAGCCAUUAAAAAAUCCUACGAUAUCCCGUUAUAUAAUUUUAGAUUAUGAGCAUAUUGAGGGAUCUAAACCUAACUAUGUAUAAUAUAACGUAUAGAGAAAAUCAUAAAAUCGCAUUUUGAAAUCUAAAAUUAAAAUUUUCGGAAUUCGAGAAGGGAAAUACGGAUUUAAGAAUAAUCCAUAUUUAUAUCACGUCACUAACGGCAAUACACACGCAUCCGUACGGGCACUACAAAACGUAUUACUGUAGCAAACAAUGGGCUUUCGGUGUGUCGGUGUCUGUUUAUAUGUAAUCUAUAAAUAUUAAGUUGGUCCAGAGAAACUCAAUGAAAAAAUUCGAAUUUCGUGAACAUGUUGACUCGAUAACUCAACCCCUCCCCGUGCCAAAAAAACGGUUAAAACACAAAACUUCCACCGAUCGAAACAAAAAUGUUAAUUAAACUAAUAUCGGUAAUAAUUGGUGCAUGUCUGUCGUUACCGACUGUCGUCACUGUAAACUGGACGACGUUUUUGUUUAUCGUUCCGAGCCACACAAGUGUGAAUCGGGUUUUAGAGUGACAUGGGUGUCCGGCCUAUUUUUUUUUUUUUUUAGGAAAAUCGCCGUCGAUGUGGGACGAUCACUAUCACAAUAUCGGAGCGAAAAAGACGAACAAAUACUACUUGGAUAUGCCGUCGUCGCUUUACGAUCAAUACAAGGCCAAAGGUGGGCAACCGAGACUGGUGGACGAGUACAAAGGAAUGCCGGUGCACGAAAUUUCGGCGACAAAAAUCAUCGAUGAAAGUUACUCCGACUAUAACGGAGAUGUUGCCGCGGACGCAUACCAUAAAACGGAUACGGACGUUGCGCUUCUCAAAGAAUUGGGGGUGAGUUUUCGACGACAAACCGUUAAAAAAUCGUGAAAAUGAAAGAAUUGUACAUUUGGUUUUUUUUUUUUUUUAAUAAUAUUAUGCAGGUGAAUAUUUAUCGGUUUUCGAUAUGUCCGAUCAGAAUAGUUCCGGGCAUACAUGGCAACGCACGGGGACAAGAGGGACUGGACUAUUACAACAGAUUAAUCGACAAAUUAAUCGAAAACGGAAUUACGCCUGUGGUACGUAAAAGUGGUUGCAUCGCUAGACAAAAAUGUUUUUGAAUAAUUUUUAUUUUAUUAUAUUUGUUUUUUACCGACACACGAAAAUACACAGCACCAUUUUAUACUAUUCUACUAUUCUAUAAUCGUAAUAAUAUAUUAAUUCUCUACAGGGUGUUACACAAAUAUCUGACACCUCGAAUAACUUUCGUUUUUUUCGAUGUUAUUAAGUUUGUGUUACCCCGCAAAAAUUUCUAAAAUCUUGCGCUACGAUUUCUUGUUUUAAAUUUUGUAGAAAAGGCUAUUAAAACGGAAAUCCGGCGUUGCAAAUAUUUGCUAGUGAAGAAACGAUAAUUCUAUAAUAUUCUACAUGUUUUGAAGUUUACAACAUUCAUUAAUUGUUUUUCAUGGACGAAUUGGCGAAUCAUUGAUAUCAUUUAGUAGUGUCAAUGAAAUCAAUUCUAAAUAUCAUAGAUUUCAAAAAUGUUCAAAAAACUAACGUGUUUAAAUACGAAAAAAAAAAAAAGAAAGAAAUUACGAAUCAAUUAUAAUUAAUCAUAUGUAAAUUACAUUAAAAACGACAUUACUACGACAGCUCAGCGAAAACAAAUAUUUUCGGAGGACAUUUACACCCGUAUACCGAAAAGCUUUUCGAAGCGUACGCCAGACUGUGUUUCAAUACGUUCGGCGAUCGAGUAAGUUUCCGUCAACUAAAUAAUGUAACAACAAUCAAUGGAGUGCUCGUCGGGUUGUAGGUUAGGAGUAUUACAACUUCACCAGUUGACAUACGUAUACAAAUACUAUUAACGUUUAUUUGGAAAUGUAAUUGGGAAAAGUAUAUUGUUUCGGUCAAUUCACCAGGAAAAGUCCAAUGUUAUGGUAAAACGAAUUGGCUUUUUUGGUUCCCUAUUUUAAAAUUCCUAUAGUCCGGUUCGGCAGAAAGAAAAAUUCUACGAUAUAUCUAUUCGUGAUGACAUCCAUCCUUUUAAUCGAAUAACCGUGCUAUUUAUUAUAAAAAAUACAACGAAUAUUUGUCAUGUACGAUCGAAUAAUGAGCAACAUUAUGAAACGCCCGCGUUUAGGUGAAACUCUGGACAACCGUUGCCGACCUACAAGUGAUUGCCGAGGGAUUCGGUUCCGAGCAUUUUAUACCCGGAUUUCAGGAACACUAGUUCAGUGGAUUUCUAGAUUACAUAGCGUUGAAAACCAUGUUGAUAGCCGCAGCCGAAAUUUGGAAAGCGUACAACCUCGAGUUUAAGGAAAAGCAAAAAGGUAUAAAUUUAAUAUAAAAAAAAUAUUUUGCGUCAUAACCAAAAAAAAAAAAAAACGGGGACAAAUUUUUAAAAAAACUGUUCGCGUUUUACGAAAAUAAAAAAAAAAACAAAAACAUAUUGUUAUGAUCGUCGUGUAGGAGAAUGUAGCAUCACUAUCGAAGGAUCGUGGUUUUAUCCCGAAGACCCGACCGACCCGGAACAUCAGAGAAUAGCAGAACUCGCGCGUUUGUCGACCGUACGUGAACCUUUUACAUAAUAAUUUAGUUUAAUACAUACUUCAAUCAGUUAUCAAAUGUGAUUAAAUUCGUAGUAAUUGAUGUGAUAUAAAAAGAUAUAUAAAUUUCAGUUCGGUAUGGUAGCACACGCUCUAGCUAAUGGAGAGUACCCUCCGGAAGUCACGGCGGCCGUCGAUGAAAAUAGCUAAAGAGAAGGGUUUAAAGCGGAUCGUCUGAAAAAAUAUUCGGACGACGACUAAAAAAAUGUUAUUGGUAUACAAUUUAAUAAUACGAUUGAAAAAUCUUAAGGAAUCUAAUAGCAAAUAAUAAACGUACUGUUUAAAGAAAAAUGUCUCAUUAAUUUAAGUAUAAUUUUUUUUUUUUUUUUAACGGAAAUAUUUUUUUUCACUGAAUUUCAAAUUGGUGCAUACUCAUUAUAAUAACUCAUUUAGGUACACUUAAAAAUGUAGUUCUUAUAAAAAAUUUAAUAAACAAACACUAAUACAAGAACACUCAGAUUUUAUAAUAGUGCAGGCGAUCUCUUAAAACCAAUAAACGUGUAAAAGUAUGUGAACCCGAAAAUGACUAUUAUAUUCCCCGACACGUAGGAUCGUACGAUAUCAUUGUAUUCAAUUACUACAACAGUGAAAAAGUGAGACCAUUGACCGCAGAUGAAAUGGCUAAUGAAUCGAAUCGUAAGAGAAGGGAUCGAGGUUAUUUCAUGUCGUUCAAUAACACAACUCCAGCCGAAGUACAUACUUUAUUGUAUUUAAAUUUUAAACUAACAAAUCUAACUCUGAUAUAUUCUCGAAUUUAUUGUCGAUUUUAAUUAUUCUAGACAUACGAGGGAUUUUUAAAUUGCCUGAAAUAUAUCGACCAAGUAUUGAAUCAUCCGAAAAUUUUCAUCGGAGAAAACGGAUUUCCCGAGGACGAAGGAUGUGAUAACAGUGUCCAAAAAAUAGCUUAUCAUAAAGUAAGUAAAAUAUAUUAUUUAUUCGUUUAAUUGAAAUGGUCAUAUGUCUACAGCAAAAAAAAAAAAAAAAUCGCCGCUUUAACAAUUGUUUAGAUCAUAUUUAUUCUAAGUGAAUACUGAACAUUAUAUUAUUUUUUCAGGGAAUUUUGAACAAACUUCUAGAAGCAAUUGAUCAAAACAUCAACGUGUUUGGGUACUGUGUCUGGUCGUUCAUCGAUACUCUAGAAUUCGGAUUCGGCUAUCNUUGUAUUUAUUUAUCGGGUUUACUUAAUUUUAUCGUCUAAUUUUAGGAAGAAACAUGGAAUUUACGCCGUAGACUUCGACGAUGAGUCAAGGCCGAGGACGAAGAAAAAGAGUUUUUCGUUUUUCCAAAAGUUAUUCAAGACAAAGAUUUUGGAAAUCGAAAAUUAAAUUUAUUCGAAAUAUAGACGUAGUGAAAUUAUUAAAAAAAAAAGGGAAAAAUAACAACUUUACAUAGUUCAUAAAAUAGUUUUGAUUAGACAUAUU